UUUACACUGUCAACAACAGUCGAAUAAAGAAAACAGCAGACGAAUUUGGUUCGAACGCGUUCGUGAAUUCUACAGUAUUUUAUAAAUUCAAGUGGAACUUUGAUGAAAUAAAAUGUUGCGAGUUCUGGUUCAAAGUACCGAAAAAGUAGCGGUAGUGCCUCAGUUACGACAAUUCCAUGCCAGUGCGGCUUGUUGUAAAGUUCAGUCGGGCAGGUACAAAAUAUCCCCGAAAAGAGACAAGGCUCUAACUUAUGAAAUGGCCAACCCACCUCACUUCAUUGCUCAUAGGAAAUCAUGGAAUUCUUGGGACACAACUUCGUUACUAGAGGGACAGAGGGCUGCAGAGACCUCAGUUGAAGAUGUAUUCAUUCGUCGCUUUGUGAGUGGGACUUGGCAUGAUCAGUUCUGCUCUGAGAUUAUCAUCAAACGGCAACACAACCUGAUCAGAAUAGCUGGCAUCAUCAAGCAGGGACUAGCUGCCCGAAAAAUGUAUUUCCUGAUCGGCUAUACUGAAGAGUUACUCUCCAAUUGGCUGCAGUGUCCAGUGAAAUUGGAACUGCAAACCGUUGAGAACAAGGAAGCUACCGUUUUCAAAUAUAUCUAGUUUUCUAAUGCUGAUAGUCAUGUGUCUUAAAUAAACACAAUACAAAAUGAA